AUGUUUAUGCAGAAAUUUGUUCGCAAUGACGCCAUCAAAACGGACCCUCCUGAGAUUUACAACCUUAGGACGGUUGUGGUCAGUCUGAUAGCAUGCGGUGGUGCACUCCUCUUUGGUAUGGACAUGGGUGUCAUGGGCGGCGUCCUCGCCAUGGACACCUUCAAGGAGCAGUAUGGACUCACAGAUAAACCCGCGGCUGUCCUCGCAAAUCUGUCAUCCAACAUUGUUUCGACUAUCCAAGCUGGGUCCUUCCUUGGCUGUCUCAUCUCUAUGUGGCUGGCCAACUAUAUCGGCCGACGACUGUCUCUCAUGACCGCAUCCGUCUUCGUCUUUAUCGGUGUUGCCAUGCAAGCCGCUGCUAGCGGUCACUUGGCGGCUAUGUACGUCGGAAGAUUCAUCACUGGCAUCGCUGUCGGUAUCGCCUCUACUGUUAAUCCCCUUUACGUCUCCGAAAAUGCUCCACGAGGUAUCCGAGGCCUUCUCACAGGCUGCUACCAGCUCUCCAUCGUUACUGGUCUGACGCUUGCGUUCUGGAUCAACUAUGGCUGCGUUCUCCACGUCAAAGGGCAUGCUCAAUACAUAAUUCCACUUGCUCUUCAAGCCCUUCCUGCUGUCAUUCUCUUCGUGGGAAUGAUGUUUGCCAACGAGUCGCCCCGGUUCCUCGCCCAGAGCAACCCUACCAAGGCACUCACCGUGCUCGCCAAGCUACGAGGUCUGCCAGAGGACCAUGCAUACGUGCGAGAAGAGAUGGAGAACAUUUCUCUCCAGCUUGAGGAGGAGCGGUCCUUGGCCGCCAACAGCUCCGGGCUCACCCUGGUCAAGGAGGCCUUCACCGUCAAGUCCUACCGUCGAAGAACGUUCCUCUGCAUCACUCUCAUGAUGUGGAGUAACCUCACAGGUACUAAUGCCUUAACUUACUACAGCGUCGUCAUAUUCAAGAGUGUUGGCUUGUCUUCCUCUACCACUGGUCUCUUUGCCACAGGUGUCUAUGGCAUUGUCAAGAUGGUGUCUUGCGCCAUCUUCAUCUUUUUCGUCACCGACACCCUGGGCAGGAGAAAGAGCCUUCUGUGGACUGGAGUUGUACAAGGCUUAGCCCUAUUUUAUAUUGGGUUCUAUGUCCGCUUCGAUCCUCCUCAACCUGACUCUCCUGUUGGCGCUGCUGGCUAUGUGGCCAUUGUGGCCAUCUAUAUCUUCGCCGCCGUGUACCAAUUCGGGUGGGGCCCCGUCGUCUGGACGUAUUGCUCUGAGAUCCCUGCUGCGCGCAUGCGUGCCCUCCAGAUGGGCAUGGCCACGGCCAGUCAGUGGCUCUUCAACUUUGUCGUCGCCAAGAGCACUCCGAGCAUGUUUGCAACUCUCGGACGUGGUGGAUUCGGCACGUACUUUGUCUACGGGUCGUUCUGUUUCACCAUGGUUGUCUUUGCCUGGUUUUUCGUGCCAGAGACCAAAGGACUUGCUUUGGAGGAUAUGGAUGAACUGUUUUCGCAAUCUAACGUUAGGGCUCCUUUUAUUCCCAGCCGCGUUGCUCGGCUCGAGGCAGAGAGAGUUGCCAAGGGGGAUGCUGACUCUAAGUUUGAACAUGUUGACAAGGUCUAG